AUGGCUCCGAUCGAACAAGCAACUCUUUGCCCCAUCAUCUACUACGAGUUCCUCCAAGGACACUCUGCGAGAGCCGCCACGAACAACAUCUGUGCUCCAUUCAAGGGCAACGUCGUCCACUAUUCCCCGGUGUCUCGAUGGGAGGUGCUGAGACACAGGUUCCCAGAUGACUACAAUCCACUUCCAUCUUCUGAAAGGUCGAACAGGAAGCCACAGAGCAAGUUCUAUUACACAUAUCAUCCAGAUCCUCAUCUGAGGGAGACAGCAAUUUCAUUCACUCCAGUAUCUCCCGUGAGAGCUGUAGGAACCCCUAUGAAACCCUUGGGGAUGAAGGGAGGAGGGAAGCGGGAGCAUCGGCGCAUCAGCUUUGGUCGCACCAAGAGGCCCAAGGUUUCCAAGGACAUGGCAGCCCCAGGUGCUGAAACUUCACAUGCUUCAUCGAUCACCAGCAUGGCACACAAUGGGAGAGAACUUUCAGACCAUGAUGCUGCAAAAGCAUCUUCACCAAGUAGACUCCCAGAACAAUUCACUCACAAAUUGCAGCCCACAGAAUCAUGUAGAAUCACAUGCUGCAUUGAUUAUAAGGUAAUUUUCCAGGGCAAUGCUGACAGGAGAAACAAUGCUCCUGACAGCAAAGCAACAGAUGAGAACAACUCUGAUCAUCUGGUAUCUCAGCACAUUGUAGAAUUACAUCAAGAGAAAUCAGACCACAACAGGAUGGGAAAGCAACAUGUGGAUCUGAUGUCCAAUGAAGAGCAGAAGCAAUCCUGUUAUGAUGUGUCAUCAUCCACUACUUCUUCUGCUUGGUCCCCAGGUCAUAUAAAUGAACAUGCUGAAUGUUUUGGAUCCCAGACUUUGGAGACAAUAUCAAAUAGUCUGAGCUUUGGGAAUGAUAUGGAAGGGGUCCAAGAUUCUGGAUUUCAAACUUUGGAGACUGCAUCAACUAGCCGUAGCUUUGAGAACAAUACAGAAGGGGUCCCAUAUCAUCCUCCUACAGCUGAGUCUGCAUCUUGCCAUUUAGACACAGGCGAGGAAUUAUCUCCUGGGACAGCAAUAGAAAGAGAAUAUAUUAGGACUCUAGACAGAACUUGCUCUCUGAAUGUUCGCAUCCCCAAGACAGGAUUGCGGAAAAGUGGGAGUGUUCGUUCUCCCAGUGAACGAAAGAUCGGUCAGGCACGUCGCCGUUCACGAGAAUCUUCUACAAAUCCUGAGCCCACUCCCCCCCUACCAUCAAGGAAGCCCUAUGAUGGUCCUCAGGCAAAAACUCCUCUCAUCACCACUCCAGGGGAUAUUACAAUGCAAUCGGCUCGGUCCAUGCUUCGCCGUAAUCGCCCCAACAGUGUCCGGACCGGAUUGCCUAAGCCUCAUCCUCUGCAGAGAGUUCUUCUGGAUGCAUCUGGGCAUAAAACCAUGCUUUUCUUAGGAACUCCCAGUCAGAAUCAGUCUGUUCUGGCUGCAGAUGAAUUUCAAGUUGCUGAACUUACUCAAUGCAAUGAAAUAACUCCAAUCCUGGGUAGGCAUGAAGGAAGGACAUCAUUGUCAAGACUGUGUUCAAGUAAGGAGAAAUUGCCUAGAAGCAGUGGCCAGAAAGGUAUCUCCUCAGGUGGUAAAACAACUCCUUUGGGCUCAUUGGUUCAAUCACAAAAUGCCACAGACAAAUUGGAGAGAAUGGAGGCAACACCAGUAAGCAUCCACAGACAGCCAAAUCAUCAUAAGGGAGGGCAAGAAGAGAUAUUAAGCAUCGUCUCGGAAGAACCCAUGGAGUGGCAGACAGCAGAAGUAGUCUUGAGUGCAGUGGGUGAUGGGUUAUCUGAUCAUAUGCCACCUGUCCAACGAGGAUCUAUUCUCAAAAUCAAAGAGAAAAAUCGUGGAAUGGUUCGGGCAAUGGCAGAUCAUUACGAGAGUGUUAAAGGUAGAACCAUGAUCCCAAUUGCCAAAACUCCACAACAUCCACCAAGACGUACUCAAACGCAUAUACAGACUAAACGUCUUUCUUCGACUCCAGCUCGGAGGAUGCAAAGCUGCAGAACUCCUCAAAAGAGAGCCAAAAAUGAAGGAACACCUUUGCAGGAUAGGAGUAAUGUUUUGAGAGCAACAAAGUCACACAGUUCCACUCCAAGGAAGAGUGAUGCAAAGAAAGCACAGACAUACAGUCUCAGGCGUUUGAGUACACCAACUGCUCGGAAGUCUUCUGGACUCCAGGCAACUCUGAAACCUGAUGCUUUGAAGCAGUCCAUGAGAGGGAGGAGAGAAAAAGCUCCUUGUGUUCAAAGGCAUACUUUGGAAAAUCGCCUGUAUGCCCUCACAUGA